AUGAAGUUCACCAACUCCGUUGCCGUGUCCCUUGCCACGGCAGGCUCGCUGGCGGCCGCUCACGGCCACGGCCACGCUCACUUCCACCAGCGCGCUGUUGAGACCGAGACCAACACCGUCGCCGUUCCCGGUCCCACCGUGUACGAUUUCGUUGUUAUGGACCCCAGCAAGUCUGGCUCCACCGAGGCCAUCAGUCUGGAUGAAGCCUGUGCCGGUCUCGCUGACCACAAGCUGGAGUGGCUCGACGGCCCCAUCCCCGCUGCCUGCCCGACCAGCACUAGCUCCAGCACCGUCACCCCUACCCCGACCUCCACCAUUGCUCCCCAGGUUCUGCUUGAGACGUCCGCUGCCAUCACCCCUAGCAGCUCGUCCUCCAGCAGCACCAGCACCGUGGAGCCCACUACCAGCUCGACCUCCAGCUCCAGCUCGAGCUCCACCUACCAGGCCCCUGCUACCAGCAGCUCCUCCAGCUCCAGCUUCAGCCCCAGCUCUGGUGGCGCCGGUGUCGACUCUGACUUCCCCGAUGGAGAGCUCGACUGCUCUACCUUCCCCUCCGACUACGGUGCCGUUCCCCUCGACUACCUCGGCAUUGGUGGCUGGGCUGGUGUCCAGUACGUUUCUAUCGUGGACGAGGUGAUCAGUGACAUUGUCACCGCUGUCUCUGGCCAGACCUGCACCAGCGGCGCCAUGUGCUCGUACGCCUGCCCUGCUGGUUACCAGAAGUCCCAGUGGCCCUCUGAGCAGGGCGCCACCGGCCAGUCCGUUGGUGGUCUUCAGUGCAAGGACGGCAAGCUCUACCUCACCAACCCCACUCUCUCCAAGAAGAUCUGUAUCCCCGGUACUGGUGGUGUCAACAUCCGCAACGAGUUGUCCCAAAACGUUGCUGUUUGCCGUACUGACUACCCUGGUACUGAGUCUGAGACCAUUCCUCUCCUCGCUUCUGCCGGCGGCACCAACCCUCUGACCUGCCCCAACGGUGCCACCUACUUCAAGUGGGAGGGUAAGACCACCUCCGCUCAAUACUACGUCAACAACAAGGGCGUCUCCGUCGAGCAGGGUUGCCAGUGGGGUGACGGCUCCCAGCCCGUUGGUAACUGGGCCCCCAUGAACUUCGGUGUUGGCUACAGUGCCGGCUCCACUUGGCUCUCCAUGUUCAAGAACGAGCCCACCACCAACGCCGACCUUGACUUCAAGGUCAAGCUGAUUGGUGACGACCUCAGCGACAACUGCAGCUAUGAUGGCAACGGCAACUUCUACAACAACGAGGGUCUGAUCUCCAGCGGCAACGGCUGCACUGCCAGCUCGUCCUCUGGCAACGCUUACUUCGUCUUCUACGACUAA